AUGCCGCCUGAACAACAAACGAGCGCGAGAACCCCGGUUGACCAACUGGCGUACAUGAGAUUGAUGAAGGGCUAUCGGGGCCAAGAUUCUGCGGACUACUCGAACGUCACCCCCGAGCAGGAAAGGGAGUAUUGCAAGGCGGUGGUGGAGAAAGUAUUCCAGCUCUGCGCCAUUGAACGGAGUGACAAUGAGGACUGCUACAACGCAUGUGUCGACAAGUGCGUCAGUACAGGCGUGCUUAGAGCCAAAGUCUGGGAGGAAUGGGGAGGAUAUCCCGACUUGAGUCAGAAAAUGGCGCGGAUUGCAGCGUUGACGAACCAAACAGGGGUGUAUCAUCUCCUUGACGCCGAAACCGUCGUGGCAGCGAUUGCUGUCAAAAUGAAUCGAACUUUGAAGAUAAACGGCAAUGACAAUGUCACAACGCUGCUCCUCAAAUACAAGGUCUUUGGACUCGCCCACGUUUCGGCGAAGGCAUGGCAUAUCGGAGACACCAAGAUUAUCCGCACUAACAAGCCGUAUGGUAAGUCCACGCCUCCUCCAGUUGAAGACACCAAAGUAUCUGGAAUACGUCAGCUGGAUCCUAACAGCAAGUCAGAUGACACGGCGCAAACUAUGCCCGAGACACGAGCCCCAAGCCCCCAGCUCGAAGUUGGAGGUAUCCCAGGACCACUGUUGUGGUCGAGCAGGGGACCGGUGGAGAUGUUACUUGGUGAUCUGGAGCAUUUGGCAAACGUGGGAAACAUGGACGAUACCACUCGUCAAAAGUUACGAGUUCUUACCUUGCAGGCGGGACACUUGUUCCGAAACAUGGAGUUUAAGCGCCGUGAGUAG